AUGACCUAGCCCAGCCCAUCCCCGCCACACCGACUAAAAACCCUAAACCCCCUUUUGGAUCCGGCGAGCGAGAGAAACAGAUCGCUCCCUGCCUCCCUCCCUCGUGUCCGAUCUCUCGCUUUCUCUUCGCUUCCACUUCUCCUGGGAUCGUGUCUCCUAGGAUCGUGUCUCCUUCCAAGCUUUGCUUCUCGUUCCCAUGGCGGCUGUUCCAGUUAACCCAAAACCUUUCUUGAACAACUUGACUGGGAAGCCUGUAAUUGUGAAACUGAAGUGGGGGAUGGAAUACAAAGGUUAUCUUGUCUCAGUAGAUUCCUAUAUGAAUUUGCAGCUUGCCAACACCGAAGAAUACAUUGAUGGGCAAUUCUCAGGGAAUCUUGGGGAGAUACUAAUAAGAUGCAACAAUGUACUGUACCUUCGUGGUGUACCAGAAGAUGAAGAAAUUGAAGAUGCUGAAUGACGAUAAGCAUUGCUUGCAUCCAGAAGCCACUUUUCUUUUCGCUGUUAUUCAGAUGUCCGUGUGUAGGAUAUGCAGCAAAAGUGUCAACGCACACUAUAUCAUCACUUCUAGUGGGGAAUUAAAAGACAAGGAGGAGAAACAAAAACAUGCUUGAUUGCUGUGUUAAUUAUGUAUCAAAAUCCUUGGUCAUGGCAUCCACGCUUAGAAUUCAAAAUAUAAGUGAUACUUCUGCGCUUCUUCCCCCUGCUUCCGUCAGCAGGUAACUUGGCAUGAACCAACCAAAUCAAGAUUUAGCUUGUUUCUUUGCUGCUAUAUUUAUGUUUUAAAUAUUCUUUAUGAUGGUAUGAUGCUUUAAAAUUCUAAAUAUUAGCUGCUUUUGC